AUGUCGAAUUUUGCAAAACCGGAAAAUGCAUUGAAGCGAGCCGAAGAGUUGAUCAAUGUUGGGCAAAAGCAAGAUGCCUUACAAUCGCUUCAUGAUCUUAUCACCUCAAAGAGAUAUAGAGCAUGGCAAAAACCACUGGAAAGGAUUAUGUUCAAAUAUGUAGAGCUUUGCGUUGACUUGCGCAAGGGUAGAUUUGCCAAGGAUGGUUUGAUUCAGUACCGCAUAAUAUGUCAACAAGUUAAUGUCAGUUCCUUGGAAGAGGUGAUAAAGCAUUUCAUGCAUCUAUCGACUGAGAAAGCUGAGCAGGCUCGUACUCAGGCUCAAGCCCUGGAAGAAGCUCUUGAUGUCGAUGACCUUGAAGCAGAUAAAAGGCCAGAAGAUCUGAUGCUGAGCUAUGUCAGUGGUGAGAAAGGAAAAGAUAGAUCAGAUCGUGAAGUUGUUACUCCUUGGUUCAAGUUUCUGUGGGAGACCUACAGAACUGUGCUGGAGAUCUUACGUAAUAACUCAAAGUUGGAGGCUCUUUAUGCGAUGACGGCACAUCGAGCCUUCCAGUUCUGCAAGCAAUACAAGCGGACAACGGAGUUCCGCAGGUUAUGUGAAAUCAUCAGGAAUCAUUUAGCGAAUCUGAAUAAAUAUAGAGAUCAAAGGGACCGACCUGACCUAUCUGCACCUGAGAGCUUGCAGCUGUAUCUGGAUACAAGAUUUGAGCAGCUGAAGAUAGCUACUGAACUUGAAUUGUGGCAGGAAGCAUUUCGUUCUGUUGAAGAUAUUCAUGGAUUGAUGUGCAUGGUUAAGAAAACCCCCAAAGCAUCCUUGAUGGUGGUUUACUAUGCCAAGCUAACAGAAAUUUUUUGGAUUUCAGCUAGCCACCUUAAUCAUGCUUAUGCAUGGUUAAAGCUGUUUACACUUCAAAAAAGCUUUAACAAGAACUUAAGCCAGAAGGAUUUGCAGUUGAUAGCAUCAUCUGUUGUCCUGGCUGCACUUUCAGUUGCCCCCUAUGAUCAAACACGUGCUGCAUCACAUUUGGAAUUUGAAAAUGAGAAAGAGCGCAAUUUGAGGAUGGCUAAUCUAAUCGGGUUUAAUCUUGAACCCAAGCUUGACAGAGGAGAUGUGCUUUCAAGAUCAUCUCUUCUUUCUGAACUGGUCUCUAAAGGUGUGUUGAGCUGCGCAACCCAGGAAGUUAAAGAUCUUUACCAUCUCCUGGAGCAUGAAUUUCUACCUCUAAAUCUUGCUGUAAAGAUGCAACCAUUGUUGAGCAAAAUCUCAAAAGUUGGGGGUAAGCUGUCUUCAGCUUCUUCUGUUCCAGAAGUGCAACUAUCUCAAUAUGUUCCAGCCCUUGAAAAGCUUGGUACUCUGAGGUUGCUCCAGCAGGUUUCGCAGGUGUAUCAGACACUGAAGAUUGAAUGUUUAUCUUCGAUGAUACCAUUUUAUGACUUUUCUGUUGUUGAGAAGAUUUAUGUGGAUGCUGUUAAACAUAAUUUUAUAGCUAUGAAAGUUGACCAUAUGAAGGGGGUUAUGUUGUUUGGUAACUUGGGUUUGGAGUCUGACGGGCUUCGAGAUCACCUGACUAAUCUUGCUGAGUCUUUAAAUGAGGGAAGGGCUAUGAUGUACCCUCCUCUAAAGGGAGCAUCAAAGCUAGGUGAAAUUCUGCCUACUUUAGCAGAUACUGUUGAUAAGGAACAUAAAAGGCUCCUUGCUAGGAAAUCAAUCAUUGAGAAAAGGAAGGAAGAACAAGAACGUCAACUUCUGGAAAUGGAACGUGAGGAAGAGUCUAGGAGGCUCAAACUACAGAAAAUAACCGAAGAAGCAGAGCAGAAGAGGCUUGCAAGUGAAUAUGAACAAAGGAAGAAUCAAAGGAUACUAAAGGAAAUAGAGGAGAGAGAACUUGAAGAAGCACAGGCACUCCUUCAGGAAGCACGCAGUAGAAAGAAGGGAAAGAAGCCACUUUUGGAAGGAGAAAAGGUGACUAAGCAAUCUCUAAUGGAGUUGGCCCUGAGUGAACAGCUCAGGGAAAGGCAAGAAAUGGAGAAGAAAUUACUAAAACUUGCUAGAACAAUGGAUUACUUGGAAAGAGCAAAAAGAGAAGAGUCUGCUCCGCUGAUUGAAGCUGCCUAUCAACAACGUUUAGUGGAAGAGAGGGUGCUUCAUGAACGUAAUCAACAGCUGGAAGUUGAGCUGAGCCAACAGCGCCAUGAAGGAGAUCUGAAGGAGAAGAAUAGGCUAGCGCGGAUGUUGGAGAAUAAGAUGAGCUUCCAGGAAAGGGUGUUGCAUCGUAGGCAGUCAGAAUAUGACAGACGGACGGCAGAGAGAGAGGAACAAAUCAGUCAAAUGAUUCAGGCCAGGAAACAUGAGAGGGAGGCAAAGAGGAAGAAAAUAUUCUAUGUGCGAUCUGAAGAGGAAAGGCUAAGAAAGCUGCAUGAAGAAGAGGAAGCGCGCAAGCAUGAAGAGGCCGAAAGGAAAAGGAAAGAAGAAGCUGAGCGCAGGGCAAAACUGGAUGAGAUUGCUGAAAAGCAGAGGCAAAGAGAGAGGGAAUUAGAAGAAAAAGAAAGACUGCGGAAAGAAGCACUUUUGGGAAGACCAGCUGAGCUUCCUAGGCCUGCUGAGCCUCGUCCAGUUGAGCCUGCAGUUGCUGCUCCUGCUGCUGCUGCCGCUGCACCAGCCCCUGGGAAAUAUGUGCCUAGGUUUCGGCGAGGGGGAGCUGAACCCCCUGCUCAAACUCCUCCAGAUCUUGAUCGUAGGGCAAGUAGGCCAGAUGACCGCCCACCCCCAUCAAGUGAUAGGUGGCGCAGUGAUGAGCGAAGACCCCCCACCUUUGGUGGCUCAAAAUCUAGUUGGUCCUCAUCCAGGGUUCCAUCCCGUGGGUCGGAGCGCUAA